GACUGAAUUUGUAAUCAGUAAUUCAGCAAAGUGGUACGAAACUGUCUCUUAGCCUCGACAUAUUCCUGUCCUGCAAUAGUGUAAUUAAAUAAAUUAUCUGUAAUUGUGUGUGGGGAUCCUGUACGUAAUGGAUUACACGUACAAAGUCACAUAAUGCAAAACUGCAAACUUAUGCGCUUUGCUAUACUUUUUUGCGCCAUUUUUAGAUGGAUUGUUUCAACCAUAAUUUUACAAGAUCAUUCCUAUUGAUUAUAUGACAAUUAGCAAUGACCACGAAUUUCUCUGCAAAUCUUAUGAAUCCACCGAAAUUAGUUCCUCUUAAGACUGAAGAAGAGAAAGGUAUUAUUCUUGAUAAAUUGAUAACUCCAACUCUACUUAAAAAUUUUGAACUAUAUGUAGUAUUGAAACCUAAAACAGAUACUAUGUCACAAAUUAAAAAUAAUGAUAAUGAUUCGGGAACGAUCGAUGAUACGCCUCUCAUAUGUCUAAGCGAUGAUGAAUGUACAAACUCUAGUUCAUCAAAAACAAACUCUACUAGCCAACAUUCAACGACGCAAAUCAAUCGAUCAACAAGCAGCAAAGAUGCGUGCGACCUGAUCGAUUUAUAUGAAAACAUACUUGUGACGGCUUCAGAUGUGCAGGACCAUUCUAGAGCAGUCUACGCAAGUUUCUUUGACAAAUAUGAAGAUUAUGACAAAGUUAAUACAGUCUCAAACGAUAAACGUUACGCUGCAAAUACGCAAACAACUGAAUUUAGUAAAAAUAACACGAACAUUCCUUAUAAAACUCAAAAUACACUGAUCGAUUAUUGUAAUAGACCAAUCGUAGAAGAAAACGUUCCAAGAGCACGUAUGGUUGAUCAGAUUUUCGACGAUCUAUUCGAAAAACAAAAAAUGUUAAUACCGAAAUUAGAUAUGGACAGAUUCGACGACAUAGAUGAAGAAUUGAUAGACAAUGUUUUAUACGAGAAAUGUGACGAGAGCCUUCGCAUAAAACAGCUUAAAGAUAACGCUGAAAAGUUGAGGGAGACUGUGAAAGGGAUCGCAAAAGAUACAAAUACGGUAGUUCGGACAUCACCUGCGUCGAUUAAAAUUUCUCUGAAUAGUUAUAACAUGUUAACACUAUACAGUUCCUUAGUGGAUACAAAAUUAAAAAGUAAAAUUGAUAUACAAAAUCCGUUGAGGUAUUACGAACCCGCCAAAUUUUGCUAUCCAAUCCAAGGUGCCGGUUUAGACAUUUUUGAAUUUAGAACGCUCGCAAUUAAAAAGAAUUCAAAACAAUACGCCAAAAAAAAUAUCCGCGUUAGUGACGAGGAUAAAAGGAAUUUUACUAAAGGUCCAAGUUUGGAUGAAAAGACGACUGUGCUACCACAGAUAAUGAAACGUUUGAUUGCGAAAAAAGAUGAAAUGAACAAAGAGAAUAACUGGCAUAAAAGACUCAUACUAGACGACGGUACGUGCAGUAAAAAACCAGAAAUGAGACUGGCUCAUAACAAAAAUGAAGUCAUGUUGAAUCCGGAGAUUUUAACAGACGACUGUAACAGAGAUAGACUAAGAGCAUUACAGACUCGACGGAUGUUUGAAAGUUUUGUUCAUACCGGCAAUAUUAUACCUUAAGAACGUACAUAGACAAGGACAACAAGGAAUUACAUAGUAGGAAUGAUAAAAUAAAAACUGUAAAUCAUAUGGUCGCCUCCUUUCUUCUUAUGCAAAUAUAAUUAGUAAAAAGAGGACGAUAGAUACACCACCAGUUGCUAUUUUUCUCAAUUCAUAUCAGGCUAGUGUAUAAAAAAUAUUUAAUAUGUCAAUUAUUGGUCAAUGACAAAUUUUACAUUACCAGAUUAUAUAUUCGACACAGUUUAUGUAGAAAGUAUGCGAGCGGGUUGUAUCUAAAUUUGGAAGGGUAUAUGGCCGUAUAACAUUUUCUAUACACUACCCUGCUAUGAAUUGACAAUUUUAUCACUCCUUCUAUGUGAUUCCUUGUUCUUAGACAUAGAUAUCUGACAAUUUGAAAAAACAAUUGGACAUUUUACAAUGGUUCCGACUGAUCAUUUAAAGUGCUCUGCAAGCGAAUUAAAACAGGUAUCAUGAAAUAACAUUCUUAUAAGAGAUUAUGUCACAAAAAAUUUGGAUUUCGAUAGUAAAAAUGUAUUGGAAUAAUAAAAAAUUGUGCCCCACAAAAAACCGAUUGUAAUUGUGACAA